AUGGAAGACCUCAAGAGAAACAAGACAACGACCGCCCAGGCCAUUGGAAUUGAGGAUUCGAAGGAUCGCCUUUUCCGACCAGGGAAAAAACAUACAGUGAAGUAUUUCGAGCUGCUGAAGCAGCGACGAGCCCGGCCUGUCUCUUCCAGGAGACAAGAGUUCCUAGACGCCUAUCACCAAUACCAGGUGAUCGUUCUGUCUAGCGAGACAGGUUCAGAAGAGACCACUCAGAUGCCCCAGUUCAUCCUGUUUAAUGAAUGGGAGAAACAGAAAAAGAUUGCCUGUACCCAGCCUCAUGGAGAGGAAGUUGGUUACGCUGUGCGCUUCGACCGCAAAGCCCACCCGAUGAAGGCCAAGCUUGGCUACAUGACAGACGGCAUGUUGACUGAGGUGGCCAAGACCGACUCAAUCUCUAACCUCUACGCCUACAUCAUAACCGAUGAGGCUCACAAGCGCACCUUGUCGACAGAUCCUGCUGGCCUUACUCAAGGUGAUCAGCUUCUAAACGUUCAGAUCUGA